AUGACAAAUGAUAAAUGUACGAAUCAUUUUCUUCAAUUAGCACUUCAAUCAUUAGUUAAUGAAGUCUUGGAAAGUGUUGAAAAAUCGAUUACACGUAUUAAUUACCAAUCUGACAUCAAACAAAUCUUAUUCGAAUUAGCUCUUGUACAUGUUUUUCAUCUGCCUGAUUGGCAAAAAGUACAAAAUAUUUUUCUUUCAACAGAACAAAUCGAACAAGUGCUAUUUUGUACUAAGGUUUACGUUCUAAUCCAAGCAAAAUCAUCUAUAAACUUCGAUUGGAUUGAAAGUGGUCUAGAAGCCAAUCAACCCAUUUUCUAUUUACUCGAAUCUCAAAUAACUAAUCGCAGUUAUAUGGAAUUAGCCGAUGCUCACGCAAAAUCAAAACAUACUGAGAUAGCUUUGAAUUAUUACUUGCUAGCACUCUAUUCAUCACCACAACUAUCUACUGUAGAAACUAUUCUGUCAUCAGCCACCCGUCUUUUAUCAUCAUCAGAAGCUCUCCGAUGUUACAUUGCUGUCUAUAAACAAUUGCGAACUAAUGUGACAUGUGCCGCCAAAGCAUUAGAGUCGAUUGUUGAUUUCUUGCAAGCUCAUAAAAAGCCUAUUAUGCCUGUUCUUGCUUCAGCUAUUUUAGCUUUAGGAGAGUCAGGUAAUCAUGUUUCCAAUCUUUAUGUGUGUUUACUCGAAGAACUUUCGAAACAAUUCGACGAAAAUUUUUCUCUUAUCCAUGCUAUCCAUCAUGUUAUGACGAAUAUAUCACCAUCAACACAGGCUUUAUCGCAAAAAAUGCAAAAACUUAUUCUCGGUUAUCGUGAUUUUUUACAAGCGAAAGUUUACAAUGAAAUCAAACAAGUCGUAUACGAAAAUAUAGUAAAAUUAGCAGUGUGUGCGAAUGAUGUCACCGAUAUUGAUGCUCUUAAACGUAUUAAAAAGGAAUAUUUUGACAAUCGAAAGAUAUCAACUUUACCAGGUGAAUAUCGUGCCAAAUUCUAUAUGAUCGAAUGCAUGAUUGCCAAAUUGGAAAAUCGUAAUAUAGAUGCUGUAGAAAAAUUGAACGAAGCGAUAGUUGUUUGUGCAACAGAAGAUACGGUCACAGCAGUUCUUAUGAUUUUGAUUUAUCCAAGUUUCCAUCAAGCGAUCUUGAAAGAUUUACUUAAUUUCAUUCAAACAUUAGUAACAACAUCUGAAACAAAUUCUUUCGCAUCGUUUGUUCCACCACCACUACCAAUAUGGUUUUCAACUGAAAAUCUUCUUACAAUGAAUCCAAACUUAAGACUUGUGCGAACAUAUGAACGAGCCAAUUUUAAAACGUUUGAACACAGAUCCAUUACAAUCGACUUUUUUCUAUAUUGA